AUGCCAGGUUCGCCAAGCGAGGAGAGUUUGGAAGAGCUGCGAGAGGUGUUUGCCCUCUUCGAUCGCGAUCACAAUGGAUACAUGUCGCUGUCGGAGCUGAAGACCAUGAUGAAGCAAUUCAAUCGAGCCUGCACAAGCGAUGAGGCUAAGGAGAUCUUCAGCAACUUGGAUAAGAACCACGAUGGGCGUAUCGACUUUCGUGAAUUUGUUAGUCUCAUGCAACCGUUACUGGAUGAGAGUAAGAGCGGAGACUUUUACUUCCGCAUUGCUUUUGCCUUCUUUGAUAAGAAUGGCGAUGGGAAUAUUACCACUGCGGAGUUGAAACAAUUGCUUCAUAAUCUGCACCUCAAGCUGACAGACAACGAGGUGGAUGAAAUGAUCACUGAAGCUGAUCUUGAUCACAAUGGUAUUGUCUCAUAUGAGGAGUUCAAGAAUAUGAUGGGUAGGAGUCACCCCUGA